GUUUUUAAUGGUAUUCUUGUGCCUGGUGCUCAGUGUAUUUUCUACUAUAGAUGAUUAUGAAGAGACGGCAAGUACUAUUCUAUUACGAAUGGAAAUUGUGAUGAUUGUCUGGUUUACCUUCGAGUUCUUCCUUCGACUCUGGUCCGCUGGUUGCAGAUCUCGCUACCAGGGUUGGCUUGGUCGCCUUCGUUUUCUGCGUAGUCCGUUCUGUGUUAUAGAUGUGAUUGUCAUCACUGCGUCUCUUGUGGUGCUGGCCGUGGGAAGUAGUGGUCAAGUGUUCGCUGCUUCUGCCUUGAGAGGGCUCCGCUUCUUCCAGAUUCUGAGGAUGGUGCGUAUGGACAGAAGAGGAGGAACCUGGAAGUUGUUGGGUUCUGUUGUAUAUGCACACCGCCAGGAACUUUUCACCACCUUGUAUAUUGGAUUUCUAGGACUGAUAUUUUCGUCCUUCUUAGUAUUUCUCGCUGAAAAGGAUCAAAAGGACACAAACUUUCAUAAUUUUGCCGACGCCCUCUGGUGGGGUGUGAUUACACUGUGUACUGUUGGAUAUGGUGAUACGGUCCCUUCUACUUGGCCAGGAAAGCUUAUAGCAGCCUUUUGUGCAUUAUUGGGGAUCUCAUUUUUCGCUCUUCCUGCG